AUGCCCUCGGCGACUCCCUGGAGCAGGCCCGACACCCGAAAUCGCCCAAUUGCGAUCAUAGGUGCCGGCAUCAUGGGCCGGCGGAUUGCCAUGAUGUGGCUUGCUGCUGGAUACAAUGUGAUCCUCUGCGAAAAGCAAGCUAGCAACCACGAGCCAGCCCUCCAGUACAUCAAGAACAACGUGGAAAAGCAAGCCGCCAAGCUGGGCACCAAGCCAGGCACCGGUCGCUUCACAACUUCGAUGGAAGAGGCCAUUGAAAGCGCUUGGAUGGUCAUUGAGGCGGUGCCGGAGAUUCUGGAACUCAAGAUCGAUCUCAUCGGUCAGCUUGAUCAUCUGGCACCUCCAGAUUGCAUCAUCGCGUCAAACUCGUCGUCUCUGCGCUCGAGCCAGAUGCUCGUCAACACAAAGCGAAACUAUCGUAUCUGUAACGGUCAUUACUACAUGCCGCCCGAGCAACUCUACUUUGAGGUGAUGUCGUGUGGAGAAACGGACCCAGAUAUCUUCCCCUUUUUGAUGGAAAAAGCCGCCGCCGCAGGUUUCAAGCCUGUGCAUGCGCGAAAGGAGUCGACCGGACUGGUGUUUAAUCGCAUCUGGGCCGGGAUCAAGCGCGAGUGUCUCUUGGUCUUGUCGGAAGGGAUCACCGAUGGCGGAACAAUUGACGAGAUGUUCAAGUCGUGGUUCCAGGCGAACAAGGGACCUUGUCAGAUGAUGGAUAUGGUCGGCCUGGAUACAGUUUACAAUAUCGAGACUGUCUAUUCCCAGGAACUUCACACCGAUCCUCGCCCAAAGGAUUGGCUCAAGACGGCGUAUGUAGACAAGGGCAAUCUGGGUGCCAAAACUGGGAAAGGACUGCUAGGCUAG